ACCCACAAUUCCUGUAGAUUAUUGAACACGCUUUCUGGACGGAUAUAUGAGAAACAGGUCAAACAAACGACAAAAUGUCGAAGAGACACCGCAUAGAUGUUGGUGACUCGCAAACUAAGCGAACCAGAGAUGAUGAUAGAGAGAAGAAGGAUGAGAAGUCCUAUAAGUCGGUAUUUGAACAGUUUGGGAUUGCCAAGCCCACCAUACAGAUGAACCCAUUCACAGGUUUGCCCUAUACACCUCGAUAUUUUGAAUUGCUGAAUAAAAGGAAGAUGCUACCAGUAUGGGAAUACAAGGAAAAGUUCUGCGAUAUCAUAAACAACCAUCAAAUUCUUGUCUUAGUGGGAGAAACAGGCAGUGGAAAAACUACACAGAUCCCUCAGUGGUGCUUGGAGUGGGUUCGGUGUCGCUACCAGAAGAAGGGCGUGGCCUGUACCCAGCCCAGGAGGGUGGCAGCCAUGUCUGUCGCGCAGCGUGUGUCCGAGGAAAUGGACGUAGGGCUCGGACAGGAAGUAGGCUAUAGCAUCCGAUUUGAGGACUGCACAUCAUCUAAAACUCUAUUAAAAUAUAUGACAGACGGUAUGUUGUUACGAGAGGCCAUGUCAGACCCGCUAUUAGAAGCUUACGGCAUUGUCAUGUUGGACGAGGCUCACGAGAGAACGCUGGCCACAGACAUCUUGAUGGGACUUCUAAAGGAGGUAGCCAAACAGAGGUCAGAUCUGAAAAUCAUCGUCAUGAGUGCUACACUGGAUGCAGGAAAAUUUCAGAACUAUUUUGACAACGCCCCUCUUAUGACGGUACCGGGGAGAACACAUCCCGUGGAAAUCUUCUACACGCCGGAGGCAGAAAGAGACUACCUGGAGGCCGCCAUCCGAACAGUCAUCCAGAUCCACAUGUGUGAGGAGGGACCGGGGGAUAUCCUUAUGUUCCUCACAGGUCAAGAGGAAAUUGAUGAGGCCUGUAAAAGACUCCAGAGAGAAAUCGACAACUUGGGGCCAGAAGUGGGGGAUAUGAAAUGUAUACCACUGUAUUCCACAUUACCUCCCAACUUACAACAGAGAAUUUUUGAAGCCCCACCCCCUGCUAAACCUAAUGGUGCUGUAGGCAGAAAGGUGGUGGUGUCCACCAACAUUGCAGAGACCUCCCUGACUAUAGAUGGGGUGGUGUUUGUGAUUGAUCCAGGGUUUGCAAAACAGAAAGUAUACAAUCCUAGAAUUCGAGUGGAGUCUCUUUUAGUUACAGCUAUCAGUAAGGCCAGUGCACAACAAAGAGCAGGACGUGCAGGAAGAACAAAACCAGGCAAAUGUUUCCGACUGUACACAGAGAAAGCAUAUAAGAAUGAAAUGCAGGACAAUACAUACCCCGAAAUCCUCAGGUCAAAUCUGGGUUCAGUAGUGCUACAGUUGAAGAAACUGGGAAUUGAUGAUUUAGUGCAUUUUGAUUUCAUGGAUCCACCAGCUCCUGAGACCCUUAUGCGAGCUCUAGAGUUGUUGAACUACUUGGCCGCGUUGGACGACGAUGGAGAGUUGACAGAAUUGGGAUCCAUGAUGGCUGAGUUUCCCUUGGAUCCCCAGCUCGCUAAGAUGGUCAUCGCUAGCUGUGAUUGCAGCUGUUCUAACGAGAUCUUAUCCAUCACUGCCAUGUUGUCAGUCCCACAGUGCUUCGUUCGACCCACGGAAAUGAAGAAAACUGCUGACGAGGCCAAGAUGAGAUUUGCCCACAUAGACGGAGAUCAUCUAACUCUGCUGAACGUUUACCAUGCCUUUAAGCAAUGCCAGGAGGACCCCCAGUGGUGCUACGACAACUUUGUCAACUACCGAUCUCUGAAGAGUGCCGACAACGUGAGACAGCAGUUAGCCCGCAUCAUGGACAGGUUUAACCUCCGACGAGCCAGUACGGACUUCGCCAGCCGCGACUACUACCUUAACAUCAGGAAGGCAUUAGUGUCAGGAUUCUUUAUGCAGGUGGCUCACUUGGAGAGAACGGGUCACUACCUGACAGUGAAGGACAGCCAGGUGGUGCAGCUCCACCCCUCCACCUGUCUGGACCACAAACCUGAGUGGGUGCUGUAUAACGAGUUUGUACUGACCACCAAAAACUACAUCAGGACCGUCACUGACAUCAAACCAGAAUGGCUGAUCAAAAUAGCUCCACAAUACUACGACAUGAGUAAUUUCCCCAUGUGUGAGGCCAGGAGACAGCUAGAACGUAUCAUUGCUAAGAUGGAAAGUAAACAGUAUCAGGAAGGAUUCUAACCUACAACCACAAUCAUGUGACAGACUACCGACAGACCGUGUCAUGUAUCUGUCGACUGUAUCAAAAUCAUUUCAUUUUUUGUGCAUUUUGACUUCAUGGAUACAGCUCGGUAACUGAGGUGGAAAAUAUCAUUAUUUAGGUCAUGGGUGAUGACCAAGAACAAUAUCCAUGUUGUAAUGGAAAAAUAAAACAUCAUUAUUUUUUUUAUAAAUUCAUAGAAGCAUGAGAUCAUCUCCUAUUAUGUCUCAAAUGAUAAAAGCUUUUUGGCUGAAAAGAAAAGUGAAGACAGACAAUAAUGUGAACUUUUCUUCAUUCUCGAUUCUUAGGUGUACUGUUAAAUUCGUUAAAGGCUAUAUUUGUUGUAAAACCAUCCAUUAAAACUGAGAACAACAAUAAAAAUGUCAAAAUAUCA